CGUUAAGGACGUGUUGUGCCCGGCGCAUCCACCGAUUCUUCUAAUUGCGUUAACAAUGGUUUUUCUUCGUUUAGGUUUCAAUGAUAGCCGAGUUCGUUGCGACAGCAUGCCGAGCCGCCCGCGCACCACCAGUGAGGGUCAUCAUCAUUCUGGUGGUGGUGGUGGUGCAAGCGGUAGUACUCCUGUUUGGGAGAAGAUGGCCAGCUACCUUAUGCCCCACCGUCCACAAUCGAUGCACGUCAGAGAUUUUUCGCAUUCACCGCCUUCUGGUAGUCCGGUGAGUCCGCCGUCCGCGGCAUGCUCCACCGAUUCGGCGGGUUCAUCGCUCAGCAUCGACGAGAGCGAGCCGUGGCACGACGAUCUGCACCGGCGAUUCCCGACGUCGCUCACCCCCGACGAGGCCAUCGCCGAAGAGAACUGCGACGACUGCACGGACAGUCCGUGCAUGGUCCACUCGAGCCCGACAACCUGCAGCUACCUGAGGAUGGCGCCCAUCAGUUCCGACGACGGAUACGUGGACAUGAGUCCGAAAGCGAAACACACGGCGAUGUCUCCCGCUGCGAGCAUGAGCAGUGUCACCUCGGGCACUCCGUCAACAGAUAUGCGCUUCGCAGAGUAUCCGCUGGAAAAGGUCGCCUCCUAUCUGACGCGUUCCGAGGAGGAGGAGACGAAUUCCACGGAGAGGCCGAGGACGUACUCGAUGGGAUCGAGGCCGUACAAGUCGAGGAUGGACCAGGUCAGGGAUCGAGCCUGGAGCGUCGGCUCCAAAAGCAAGAAGUUCCACGGACGGGUGCUUCCACCGCACGGCGGACAACCGCACACCGGCGCCAAAUCCUCGAGCGCUCCGUUACUCUCCAACUCGCGUCUGCACAGUUCGCACAGCUCCGUCGAUCCGAUGGACGACCUCAUGGAGAUGGACUUCUCAAAGAACUCCGGUUACAUGGACAUGCGACCUGGAAUCAAAACGUGCGCGGGGUACGUCGUGAUGCGGCCUGGACACAUCGAGAAACCCGUGGACACGAGCCCGUACGUCGACAUGAGACCCGGAUCGUCCCCGGCGAAGAGCACCUUCGUACCGUCGAACGAAAGCCAAAGAACAGAGAUUUCCCGACCCGGUUACAUGGACAUGGACAACAGAAGGAGUUCGAAGGUGAAACCUUCGACGUCUCCGAUGAUCUCCGUUUCGCCCAUCUCGUCUCUGUCCUCCACAUCCCCGAUGUCCCAGUACACACCGCAAAGCGAGUACUGCGACAUGAGUUUCCAACCGAAGAAUGCGGCGCUCGCGGAUUCCUAUCAAGCCUCGCCGGUGAAAUCGACGUUGAGCGGUUACUUCCCGAACAUCCCGUCCGCCGACAACAUGGACUCUUACUACUCGAUGUCGAGGCCGAGCAACAACGACGGUUACGUCGAGAUGUCGCUGGGGAACAAUAAACCGCAGUUGUUGUCGUCGUCUUCGUGCAGCGAUUACACGAACAUGUCGCUGGGAAGCAAGAAGAAAGAUCGCAAAGCGAAGGAGACUGGCCGUUCGCAACCGAUUACCAUUCAGAAUUCGGUGUCUCAAGCGCAGAAGCCUUCGGGAUUCUUCAGUCGGCAGUCGAUAUCCGUGUCGCCGAAGAUAUUACCGCCUUCCAACAGCAGCAGCACGUUCAGCUUCGCGCGGCAAAGAUCGCGCAAGAACAGCCGAAGAGAUUCCAGGGACAGUUCCAGUUCGAGUGUUACCACACCCUCCAGUUCCUCAACGAUAUUUCCUAUUAGUCUAAACAGUCCGACGUCGCCAUCCGCAACGACGACGGCGACAACAACGGUGAACUCUAUUAGCAGCAGCAGCAGCAGGAACGUCAUCAAGAUUCCUGCGGCUAUUUUGAAAGCCAAAUACACGCAAUCCUCCACCGGUUUCCGCUCGGAUUACACGAGCAUGGAUUUCGAUAGGCGGAAAUCUUCAGGGCAUCAACAACCCUCCGAUUACGUCAACUGCGAUCUGGGUGCGUCCUCCUCGAAAACCAAGAGCAGAUCUUCGGCUGAUUCCGCCGGAGAUUACGCCGUGAUGAAACCCGGCGUUCUCGAUAAAUCCGAAAGUCCGAGCGCGUCCACAUCGAUGCUCUGCACCCAAUUGACAGUCGACCUUAGCUUCAAACCCAUCAACGACGAUUACUUCGAGUUCGAACCAUCAACGUCGAACGCUCUCGAUUCGAGACUUUUUCCCAACAACGAUACCGCGCUGUUGAACAACAACAACAACAAUAAACUUUCGAGGCCGAGCUCGGAGAGCAGCGAAGUGUCGACUAUCGUCGGCUCAAGACCAUCUUCCGUAAACAGCGAUAAAAUCCAGCAGCAGUUGCACUACGCCAGUUUAGAUCUGCCGCCAGUUGCCAUUAACGACGACGACUCGAGCAAGAGUCCCAGGCAACCGAAGGACCAAUCGAGUGGUGGAGCUCAGGAAACGCAGUCCGACUCGACGAAACUCUUCGAUUACGUCGAGAUCGAGUUCAACAAGAACAACCAGCUCCUUGCGAACGCCAAGCACUGAGCGAAAAUUUAGAUGAAUUGCAAACGAUGAAGAAAACACUCGCGCACGCAUAAAGCAAAAAUGUAUAGACUGAUUUAUUUUUCGCAUAUCUCGCGCGUAUGUUAAUCCCGAACUGGAGGCAAAGAGGAGAGGAUUGAAUACAAAUCACUCUAUCCGCGACAGUGAGAAAGAGAUAAAGAGAGAGAGAUGGAAAUGGAGAGAAUCACAAAGAAGAAAAACUGAAACGAAAGAAUCGUAAAACCUAGGUAAAUCUUGUUGUUUAUAUAUAUAUAUAUUAUAUAUUUGUUAUAUUAGUAUCAGAAGUAAAGGAAACAACAAAAAAAAAUAUACUUAAAAGAGACGAUAGGCGGUUAUGGAAUGUCAGCUAGCAAAAAAAAAAA